GGGAGGGAGGUGAAGAUGAGGAGGAGGAAGAGGAGGAUAAGAAAAGCUGACAAAAUGGCGAUGACAGAUCUGCUGAAAGCCGAGGAGAUCAAGAAAGCUCUUGAAGCCUUUGCAGGAGAAACAUUCGACCCUAAAAAGUUCUUUGAAAUGGUGGGAAUGAAGGCCAUGUCAGCUGAAAACGUCAAGAAGGUCUUCCAGGUUCUGGAUGUGGACGGUAGUGGCUUCAUAGAGGAGGAGGAGCUCAAGUUUGUACUGAAGGGCUUUUCCAAGGAAGGCAGAGAUCUAACUGACUCUGAGACAACAGCAUUCCUCAAAGCCGCAGACAAAGAUGGAGACGGCAAGAUUGGCAUUGACGAGUUUGAAAUCAUGGUGCAUGAGUAGGGGAUAGCUGAACACCCCCCUUUCUUCUUCUUCCUCCUCCUCCUCCUCCUCUUCGUCCCUGCAUUCAUAUUUUGUAACUACCACUACUCCUCUCACCUUCCUCGGGACCCCACACAUGGAGUCAGACCAGGCCUGCUCUCUCUACAAAACACUACAGGAGCAGGCCAACAGGGAGUUACCAUGAGGAGGAACAUACAGGCAUAGCAGGCACCAGUGUCAUUUUUGAUUUUUCAUUUUUAUAUAAAUAUUUAAUCGCACAAGCUGUAUGGGUUUCUGAAUCAUUCUUAAUGAUUUCAUGAAGGUAGUUUGUGGUCUCAAAACAGAUGGUACUAGUGCUGUAGAUGGUGUAGAUGUUAGAGACUUCUUAAAUCUUAAUUUCCUUCCUCUGUGUAUUUCAGAUCGUGCAUUUUGUAUGAUGGGUUUUACUUCUAGAUGUUCACAUAUCAGUGCACUCCUACUCCUCUUCCUAAUCCACCUUCCUUCACUUCCUCUCCUCCUCCACCUCCUCCUCCACACUCCCUGCCUCCGAUCAGAUGACGUAGUAAAUAAAAUGAUAUAUACAGUAAGAGAGUUGUGAAGAGAGAAAAUAAUAUCUAAGUAAGAAAUGAUAAUAAAAAAACUUGAGUAAUAA